CUCAAGGCUGGUCAUUCUGCAUUUUGAGUUUUCAGCGUUGAGUUUGUUUACGCUAAAUUCAUUAUGUCUGGCCGAGGGAAAGGAGGCAAGGGGCUUGGUAAGGGAGGUGCCAAACGGCACAGAAAAGUGCUCCGAGAUAACAUCCAGGGCAUCACCAAGCCCGCCAUCCGCCGUCUGGCUCGGCGUGGGGGCGUCAAGCGUAUCUCGGGGCUCAUCUAUGAGGAGACCCGCGGGGUGCUGAAGGUGUUCCUGGAGAACGUGAUCCGGGACGCCGUCACCUACACCGAGCACGCCAAGAGGAAGACGGUCACCGCCAUGGACGUGGUCUACGCCCUUAAACGCCAGGGCCGUACUCUCUACGGCUUCGGCGGCUAAAUUUGCCUAACUACACUCAAAAAACAAACUUCAAAGGCCCUUUUCAGGGCCCUUCAUUUUCUCACUUAAAGAGAACUGUAACCUAGUUGUGCUAAAAAUUACCUUGAAGCUGAGCGUUUGGCCCUUGGAAAACAACUGCUGGCCCAGACAACACCUUUGGAGUUUGUAAUUCCAGGAGCCUGGGUGCCUUUUAAAUCCUGGAAGGCUCAGAGUGAGAAGGACCUUAUCAGAUGUUACUGAUGACAGAGACCGUGGUUCAGAGACUGAGAAGAGGUGGACUCCAUACCAAGGUUAAAGGACCUGUGGAGGAACCUUAAGAAUGAACUGUUAAGGACAAUCUAUAACCUGCAAAAAUUGACUUUGCACUAAAGCAAUAUUAUUUUGGUGGGAAAAGAAGGCAUAUCAAAGAGUAUAUCUCACAGAAAAAUUCUAAGGAUAAUUGGAGUGAGCAUGUAGGAACAUCAAGUCCAGCCCCUCCACGGAGACUCUUGUUGAUUCCCCUAUUUGAAAAAUAAAUAUGUUUUUUGAAACCAU